UUCAGCUCACCUGCAUGUGGGAAUAAGCUGGAGUAAGCAUUUAAACUCCAGGCUUCAGCGUUUGCCCUCACUCCAACACUGCUGCCCCCAUGGUCAAAGUCCUUCACCAACGCGCUGAAAAUGAAAAUCUUAAUAAGCAAAUGCAGUUUCUUGCAUCUGUAUUAUUUCUGCAAUGCAUAGUCUGUUAACCAUGUCCAAUUUAUUGAUUGAUUUAGAAUUAGAGGAUGAACUUAGAGUUAAGUUAGAGCAAGCUUUGCUGAAAAGGUCAUUAUGAAAACUGAGACAAAUUAUGUGUAAUAUUAAGUAGUUGACUUAUGCUUAGCUGUAGCUUAAGAUUCAUCAUUACCAAUUACUGCCACUGCUCCUGAGUUACACUAAUAGCUUUUGCCUAGUUGCUCUCUCCAAUAAUGUCAGGGUGUAAUCCUCACCACCUAAUGAAGUGCAAAGUAGGAUUUCAGGUGCAGGGUAAACUUCAACCUGACUCUCGUUCACGCUGCGCUGCAGGACCGAGGGCGAGGAGGAGAGAGUGUUUACAAGGAUCUGGAAGGAAAGGCAUGAUUUUUAUUUAAUGGAAGAGAAAGGAGCAAACACAAGACAAACAUAUAUGCUGGGUCUUGCACAGCUGGGUUUGAUUUGCUGGUUUUAAGUCCUCAUUUGAUUGCCUGCAACAUCAAGAAAGUAUAACAGAGCUGCAGCCAUGGACAUCGGCGGACUGGAAACAGUGGUGGCAAACUCUGCCUACGUCUCGGCCCGUGGCAGCGUGGACGGAGCCGCGGCCGCCGCCAUGCGCGACAAGAAGAUGCGCGCCAGGCUAAAACUCCCUCACAUCAGGGAUUGUGAAAGCACCAAGGCCACUGUGGACACGGCGUUCGACAGCAUGUGCAUCAAACAGCCCAUCGGCAAGCGCCUCUUCCAGCAGUAUCUGGAGAGCGACCCCAACCACAAGAAUGCUGUGGAGCUGUGGAAAGACAUCGAAGACUACACCAUAUGCCAAGAGGAGGACAGGCAGAAGAAGGCCCAGAAAGUAGCCAAUAAGUACUUUGAGUCUGCUUCAAAACAUUUCUGCAGCUUCCUGGAGGAGAAGGUCGUCACUCGAGUGAGGGAAGACUACAAAAACAACCGCACCGACCUCUUUAAAGAGAGCGAGCGGCAGCUGCUCAAACACCUGGAGAAAAAGGCCCUGGACGGCUUCAAGAGCAGCAUGUAUUUCCUGCGCUAUGUUCAGUUCAAAUGCCUGGAGGGCCAGCCUGUCGACGAGGAGUGGUUCAUGGACUUCAGGGUCCUGGGGAAAGGGGGGUUUGGGGAAGUGUAUGCCUGCCAGGCGAAGGCAACGGGCAAAAUGUACGCCAACAAGAAGCUGGAGAAGAAGAGGCUGAAGAAGCGCAAGGGCUAUGAGGGGGCCAUCGUGGAGAAGCGCAUCCUUGCGAAGGUUCACAGUCGCUUCAUUGUCUCGCUGGCUUACUCGUUCCAGACCAAGACUGACCUCUGCCUAGUUAUGACCAUUAUGAAUGGAGGAGACCUCAGGUUUCAUAUGUACAACGUGGAUGAAAAAAACCCUGGCUUUGAUGAGAAGAGGACAUGCUUUUAUACAGCCCAGAUCAUCUGUGGGUUGGAACACCUUCACCAGCACCGGAUCGUUUACAGAGACCUGAAGCCAGAGAACGUCUUGCUGGACGACGCAGGAAACGUCCGCCUGUCAGAUAUGGGUCUGGCUGUGGAGAUUCCUCCAGGAAAAGACAAAACGAGUGGAUACGCAGGAACCCCUGGAUUUAUGGCUCCGGAGCUGAUACAGAAGAAGGAGUACGACUACUCAGUUGACUACUUCACCCUGGGAGUCACGGUGUUUGAAAUGAUCGCUGCCAAAGGGCCUUUUAGACAACGAGGGGAGAAGGUUGACAAUGACGAGGUGGGUCGUAGGAUUGUAAACGAUCCAGUUCCAUAUACACCGAACUUUAGCAAAGAGGCCAAGGAUAUUUGUGAAGGCCUCAUGGAGAAGGAUCCACUGAAACGCCUCGGGUUCAAAAAUAAUGAAUGCGCUGAACUUAAGAACCAACCUUUUUUUAAAGAGAUUAACUGGGGGCGCCUGGAGGCAGGCAUGCUACCGCCGCCGUUUGUACCCGAUCCCAAAAUGGUCUACGCCAAAGACAUUGAUGAUGUGGGCGCCUUCAGCACAAUCAAAGGCGUGGUUCUGGAUAACGCGGAUACCGAUUUCUACAAUGACUUCGCUUCUGGCAAGGUCCCAAUCCCUUGGCAGGAGGAGAUGAUUGAGACGGGUGUGUUUGGGGAAAUGAAUAUUUGGGGAGAUAACGGCAAGCUGCCCAAAGAUCUGGACCCGAACUAUGUGGAAGCCAAGGGCGGAGGAUGUGUACUGCUUUGAGUUAGAGCCACAAACAGAGCACAGGGGAGAAUAUCUAUUCAAUUUAAACACAUGUAGAUUCAGAUUGUGUUCAUUGGGUGCCAUUUACUCCUGUUCUUUAUAUUUACACAUAUUAUGUACCUACUGUAUAUUGUAAUAUUUGUAAUAUUAUUAGUGUAACUAUAAAAAUAAAAGUAUUUGACAUUAUAUAGUCAUAUAUUAUGUAACAAAAAUGUAAAUAUGACAUCUUAUUAUAUAUAUCAGUUUAUUUGCUUAGCGUCAAGUAAUACAAUUAUUUUGUAAAGACACUAAAUAAAUUUCUUUAUAUAAUAUUUAUUUAUUAAAGAAAAGACACUGAUUUGAUGUGAUAAUGUUAUGUGACUAUUGUUUAUUUCAUUCUAAAUUAAAGUUCAUGUUAUUAUUAUGGCGACUGUUAUAGAGUUUGAAG